AAGCGACCGACUUGUCAAAUCGUUGGAUGUUACUAACUCAUUCUGUCUUUAGUCUUUGUCCGAAGUAUUGGUGCUAAACAAACUCCUCAAAUUUGGUUGUGAUAUUACUAGUCAUCCAUCAAUGUGCAGUAUUAUCUCAAAGUCUUUUAUCAUUUUCUAUCUAAAACCCAGCAGCAAAGCCAUAAUUGACUUGAGCUGUUGCAAAAGAAUCCAGGCAACUUAAAAGAACUUUGACAUAUAAACGAGAAAUCCUAGAUUAUCUUCCACUUGCAUGGCAGCGCAAACUGCGGGUCACUACGCUGUUUGCCAGCCGCGAGUUGUGGAAGCCGCUACUGUCAGUCAUCAAUCAGUGGCUGGUGAAAUUGGACAUGUUCUAUUUUGGUAGCUAGGCAGCGGCGACUAGCAGGUCACGUGACUCACUUCGCUGCCAUCGAGUAGCGUAGUCUGACCACACAAGUAGCGCAUCAGCGGCGAUUAAACCAGCACGUGCCACGUGGUCCUUUGUUUAUGUUUGAUCUCUGUUCUCUUAACCCACCCUUAAGAACUGCUUAAUUAAACGACAUGGUUGCUGAAAGCGACUAAACGAAAUGGUGAGUAGUCAGCAGGUAGUGUAACCGGGUUGCCUGCCGCUGCUUGCUGGUGCUACUGCCCACAGCUGAUCAGUAGCAGCUGGCAACCAGCCAAGUGUGACCCGCGCUUUAGAAUGUGAAGAGUGGUAGAGUGCGGCAAGCAACGCGCGAAGUCUUCCAAUGUUUGGAAACACCCUUAGGAAUUCUUAGCGGUUCAUCACUGUUUACUGCUGCUUAUUAUAAUUUUUUUGCAUUCCUAAAAGAAUUUUGUCAAGUAACUAUAGAUACAACAUAUCUUUCAAAUUUUGUUUAUUAUUAUAAUUCACCUUUCAAGAUGAUGUCAAAAUUUCUAGUUUCUGUGUAGAUUAUUUAUCUCGAAAUUAACAAAACUAUCAAUGGACAAGACUUGCACUAAACCGGAAUUUUAACCUGAAAGAAAUGGUGAAGAAAAAUACCAGGAAUGUUCGACCACAAUGCGAAAUCAGUGGCGAAAUGGAAAUGAUGCAAAUCGAGAACAACCUGGUGAAUACAGGCCUCAACCUGAUUAUCGCAGAAUUAGUGAAUUAUCCCGCCCAAAAAAGACAGCUUGUCUUUCAACUUGGAAGGAUUACUGCGAUGUUUUCGACUGCGAACGAUUAGCUAGAUUUCAAAAUUUCAUCAAAGAAGAUUAUACCUUAACACCGAGGGAAUACGAUUUUAUAAGAGCUUGCGGAGAAUCCAAAAAAUGUCCUGGAUUCGAAAGAACGAAAUGUCCAAACUGUUCAGUUCGCCAUGUUCCCAGCAGUUUGGCAGAGCCGCGAAAAUGGCACGUUUUAGGAACAUGGAUGCAAUAUCAUGAUAUAUUUGACGAUGUGAGACGGAUGAAAUUGAGAGAAAGAGUUCAAGAACAAUUUGCUAUAUCAGCUGAACGUACGGAACAGUAUUUCGAGCAAAUGCGACGGGAAAAGAAACGGGAACAACAACGACGUUCUAAUCAUGUUGAUAGAAAAAAGAUGCAAAAAGAGAUGGCCAAAAUAGAGGCCUAUAAACACAUUGAACAUGCAAUUCGUAGAGGGAUAACGUUUGCCGCACUUAAUAAACCGCCAGUGAUCAUGUCGAUGCAACUUCGUGAGGUGUCGGAUAACAUCUUGCAAAUCUUGUGUGAUUUGCAUGAUGUUCCCGUUCCCUCAAGAAGUAGCACCGAUAUGCAAGCGAUAUUUUUUAGUUCGGUUGCCGAUUGGGCCGCAGUAUCCAUCAGUAAUAAUUAUUUCGGGGUAGAGAGUCAAAAAGGUGCCCAAUUUGCCCGUAAGGAAUCGUCUUCUAUUGGAGAAGGUGAUUUUCAGAAAACACCGCCAAAACAUUUUAAACCUCACGAUGAAAAGGUGCCCGCAAGUGUAUAUAAAGAUGUGCGUCCACCACCACCAUCACCACCUAAAAGACGACCUCCGAGUAGAUUACCAAGAAAGGCACCUUCAAUCGAUACAUCAAGAAAACCAUCUCCACCAGAUACACCAAGAAGAGCAUAUACAUUCGAAAUAUCGAAAAGAAAACCGGUGGUAUUUGAAGAACCUCCCUUAGAUGUCUUAUGGCCAUCAAAAGAAGUUGCUGUUAAGAAAACAACACCAAUUUCUGUUGAUGUCCAAGCGGCACCCACUCCAUCACCUUUGGAAGUAUCGCUUAAAAAGCGAUGUACUUGUCAAAAAGCGAAGGCAACAGUAGGUACUGCUGUAUCAGAAUCGCUUGGACACACUGCGGUUUCUCCGCGAGAUAAAGUUGUUGAAGGAUCAACAAUUUUACCUGGCGAAGAACGAACAAAAGCUGCUGGUUUAACAUGCUUAUGUAAACGAGCACGUGCGGAAAUGGGAACAACUAAAGAUACACCAGCACAAACACCAAUUAGGACAGUACCUAAGCAAACAUCUCGACCAACAAUAAAACCUGAUAAAGCUUUGCCGAUAAUUGUAAUAAAGGAACCAAGGGUAACAGUACCACCUCCUUCUGUUGAUUAUGGCAAAACUUUACCAGCGACACCGAUGAAAGAUGUUAGUGUACCAAAAGCUAUACCGCCUAGAAUAGAAAUUGCACCAAAAGUUACUGUUGAAGUAAAACGUCCUGUUGAAGAUGAUCAAGCGGAGAGAGCCAGAAAAGAAGCGGCAGAAAGAGCAGCUAAAGCAGCUGCGGAAAAGGCUGAAAGAGAAGCUCGAGAAAAAGCAGCAAGAGAGGCUCAACUCAGAGCCGAAAAAGAACGAGCUGAUAAAGAAGCUGUACAAAGAGCAGCAGCUAAAGCAGCCGCAGAAAAGGCAGAAAGAGAAGCUGCAGAAAGAGCAGCAGCUAAAGCAGCCCUAGAAAAGGCUGAAAGAGAAGCUACACAAAGACCAAAAGCUAUAUUAGCCGUAGAAACGGCUAGAAAAGAAGCUGCAGGAAGCGUAGCAGCUAAAGUAGCCCUAGAAAAGGCUGAAAGAGAAGCUGCAGAAAGAGCAGCAGCUAAAGCAGCCCUAGAAAAGGCUGAAAGAGAAGCUGCAGAAAGAGCAGCAGCUAAAGCAGCCCUAGAAAAGGCUGAAAGAGAAGCUGCAGAAAGAGCAGCAGCUAAAGCAGCCCUAGAAAAGGCUGAAAAAGAAGCUGCAGAAAGAGCAGCAGCGAAAGCAGCCCUAGAAAAGGCUGAAAAAGAAGCUGCAGAAAGAGCAGCAGCGAAAGCAGCCCUAGAAAAGGCUGAAAAAGAAGCUGCAGAAAGAGCAGCAGCGAAAGCAGCCCUAGAAAAGGCUGAAAAAGAAGCUGCAGAAAGAGCAGCAGCGAAAGCAGCCCUAGAAAAGGCUGAAAAAGAAGCUGCAGAAAGAGCAGCAGCGAAAGCAGCCCUAGAAAAGGCUGAAAAAGAAGCUGCAGAAAGAGCAGCAGCGAAAGCAGCCCUAGAAAAGGCUGAAAGAGAGGCUGCAGAAAAAGCAGCAGCCAAAGCAGCCGCAGAAAAAGCUGAAAGAGAAGCUGCAGAAAGAAAACAACAGAAGGCAAUAAAAGAAGAGAAAGGGUCUAAAUUACCACCAAAAUCUGCCAGUUUAGAGUCUUUAUUGCCUUCUCAUAUUAAGAAACCUCAAGCGAAAGAGGUUAAAACUCCGCCUGCAGCGUACAUUAAACCGAGAUCAUCACCUAAGGAAUCCGAUUUAAGUAUCAGAGCGAAGAUUGCUCCAGAUAUUCCAAUAGGAAAACCUGCGGAUUAUAUUGCCCCAAGAGCCGCAUCAAAAGGUGUUGAUGUAAGUGUUAAAGCGGAAAAAGAAACUAAAAAACGAGCUAAAGAGGAGAAACCACCUAAACAGAAAGAAGAAAUAAGAGUUAAACCAUCAAAGGUUAUUAAAGAAGCUAAAACACCAAUAGGAAUUGAAGGAGAUUUGAGACCUAUUCUUAGAGAAGAAUCUAAAUUUAUAAAGGAUAAAUUGGAAAAGCAAGAGAGCAAGAAAUUAGCAAAGGCAGAUAAAAAAGCAAAAGACAAAGAAGAAAAGGAUGCUCUCGAAAUUCAAAAAGCGAAGAAAGCGGCUGAAGAAAAAGCCGUUAAGGACGCUUUGGCACAAGAAGCCGCUGAUAAAGCGGCGAGAGAAGCUAAAGAAAAAGAAGCCGAACUCUUAGCUAAGAAAUUAGCCGAUGAAAAUGCGGCUAAAGCCAAAGCGGAAAAAAUUGCUCAAGAAAGAGCAGAAAAGGCAGCUAAAGACGCUCUUGAAAAAGAAAAAGUCGAAAAAGCAGCCAAAGAAAGAGAGAACAUGGAAGCUCUCAAAAAAGCGGAGAAGAAAGCUGCGGCAGAUAAAGCUGCAGCUGAAGCCGCUGAAAGAGCUAAAAAUAUAGCUCUAGAAAAGGCCGAAAAAGAAAAAGCAGAAGGAGAUCGCUUAGCAGCAAAUAAAAAAGCAUCGAAAAUUAAGGCAAAAUCGGAAGAAAAACCGAAACCUGAAAAGGAACGUUUGGGGAAAACGAAAUCAGUUCCAAAAGCAGUAGACGCCCAAGAAAAGGCGGAAAGAGAUGCAUUAGAAAAGGAAAAAGCUGAUAAAAAAGCAAAAGAUAAAGCCGAGAAGGAAGCGGCUAAGGCUGAAAAGGAGGCCCAAGAAAAAGCAGAACGCGAUGCUUUAGAAAAAGAAAAAGAAGCCAAAAAGGCGCAAGAAAUCGCUGACAAAGAAGCAGCUAAAGCAUUAAAAGAUAAAGCUAUGAAAGAAAAAGCUGAACGAGAUGCUUUAGAAAAGGAGAAACGUGAAGUACCGUUAAAAGAAAAAAUAUCUAAACUGUUUCCUGAGAAAAAACGCAGGAUUAAACGCAGUGUAAGUGAUACCCAAUUUGAAAAAGAAAAGCAAGCACAAAGAUUGGGUUCACAUUCGAGUUCUAGUGAUGGCGAAUCUGAUGAAGCAUUAGGAAAAGGUAAAAAGAAAAAAUCAAAAUCCAAAAAGAAACCUAAAUCUGUAAAAGAAAAACGUGAAAAAGUGCCUAAAGAGGCUAAAGUAAAAUCUAAAAAAGUUCCUAAAGAGGCAAAAGAAAAGGAACUUCCUAUUAAAAAAGAAGGAAAGUCUUUCAUAUUCCAAGAUGAAGUGGAAAUGGAAAAAGAUAAAAAACAUAGAAAACAUAGUGGUAGUCAAACUGAUUCUAGUUCAGAUAGUCUCGCAGAUUUGUAUAAAAGUCAUAAACCUAAAAAGCAAACUGUGGAUUCUGUUGAAAGUUUCUAUGAGACUAAACCAAAAAAGAAGAAGCUGAAAAAAGCACCUAAAGAAAAGAAACCUAAAGGUGAACGCAAACAGUUUUGGCCUUUUGGAGGAUCCAGUGAAGGUGAAAAAACUGAUAAACCAGAAAAAGAAGAAGCGGUCAAAGAAAAGGCCGAAAGAAAAGCAAAAGCAAAGGCCGAAAAGGAAGCUGCUAAAGCAGCAGCUAAAGCUGCAAAGGAAGCAGAUAAAGCUGAACAGGAAGCAAAACGGGACGCAAUUGAAAAAGCUAAAAAAGAAAAAGCCGCUAUAGAGGCAGCAGAUAAAGCUGAAAAGGAAGCAAAACGCGACGCAAUUGAAAAAGCUAAAAAAGAAAAAGCCGCAAUAGAAGCAGCAGAUAAAGCUGAAAAGGAGGCAAAACGGUACGCAAUUGAAAAAGCCGCAAUAGAGGCAGCAGAUAAAGCUGAAAAGGAGGCAAAACGGGACGCAAUUGAAAAGGCAAAGAAAGAUAAAGCCGAAAUAGAUGGAGCUAAAGCUAAACAGAAAAAUGCUGAAAACUUGAAAAAGUCGAAGAAGGAAAGAGAUAAACGAGAAGUUGAGCGUUACGAAAGCGAAAUUGAAAGUCUAGGAGGUAAAAAGAAAAGAAGGGCUCCCGGGGAGCCUGGUUCUAGUGAUUCUGAUUCAGAAAUUCUAAAGGAAAUAAAAAGCAUAGAUAGGUUAUUGGAUUCCAAAGGAAAACUUACCAAAAAAGGAAAGAUUAAGCAAAAGAAAAAGAGGAAGGAACGGAAAGAAAAAGAACAGAAAGAGAAGAAGGAACAGAAAGAAAAAGAAAAGAAAAAGAAGAAGGAACAGAUAGAAAAAGAAAAGAAAGAGAAGAAGGAACAGAAAGAAAAAGAAAAGAAAGAGAAGAAGGAACAGAAAGAGAAAGAAAAGAAAGCUAAAAGAGCUAUCUGGCCAUUUAGAAGUAGCAGUGAAGGUGAAAAGUCAGAUAAACCUGAAAAAGAAAAGAAAUUAAAGAAAAAACAACCAGAUGAUAAAUCUGGAAAACCUCACGUGAUAUCACAGUUUCAACCGACUCGUAUUGAAAGUGAAGUUCAAAUAGAAGGACCGAAAAAGAAAAAGUCCGUCUCAAAAUAUCCAACAACUGAUUCCUUAAGCGAUUUCGAUGAUCUCAUACAUGGCAAACAUGUUAAAAAAGAAAAACCUAAAGAUGAUAAUCUUGAAGUUUCUAAGUCAAAGAAAAUUCGUAAACGGGCGUUUUCACCACCAGAAAGUGAUGAGUCAUACACAAAACCAAAACGACAACCUACAGAAAAGCUACUACGACAUGCAUCAUCCGUAAUGCUUGAAGAAGCAUUAUUAAGACAUUCUAAGAAAAGGCACACUGACUCUAGUAGUGAUUCAGACAGUACAGAUAGUUUACAAAGUGAAAUGGAACAUCCUACAAAGGCAAUUAAAAAAGCUAUAGCAAAAUUGAGAAUUGCCGAAGAGCGAAAAGCUCAAAAAGAAAGAAAGAGACUUGCAAGUGAAGAGAGAAUGAAAGAAAAGGCCGAGAAGAAAGCAAAAACGAAAGCGGAAAAAAGAGAAAGAAGUGAAAGUAAAGCUAAUGCUAAGAAGCAGUUACGUGAGGAAAAGAAAAGAGAAAGAAGUGAAAGUAAAUCGAGAUUAAAGGAAGAAAGGGAAGCAAGAAAACGCGAAAGGGCUGAAAGGAAAGCGAAAAAGAAGGCCGAGAAGGCAGAGGUAAGUGGCAGCACUGAUAAGGAAAGUGCAAAAGCCGCAAGAAAAGAGGAACGGGCUAAGGAAAAAGAAAGGAAACGAAAAGAAAAUGAAGAAAAGAAGAGAGAAAGAAGUGAAAGUAAAGAAAGAGAAAAGCAAGUUAAAGAAGAAAAAAAGAGAGAAAAGGCUGAACGAAAGGCGAAAAGGAAGGCCGAGAAGGCAGAGAAAAGUGGUAGCACUGAUAGAGAAAGUGCAAAAGCCGCAAGAAAAGAGGAAAGGGCUAGGGAAAAAGAAAGGAAACGAUUAGAAAACGAAGAAAAGAAGAGAGAAAGAAGUGAAAGUAAAGAAAAAUAUAAACAAGUUAAAGAAGAAAAAAAGAGAGAAAAGGCUGAACGGAAGGCGAAAAAGAAGGCCGAAAAGGCAGAGAGAAGUGGCAGCACUGAUAAAGAAAGUGCAAAAGCCGCAAGAAAAGAGGAAAGGGCUAGGGAAAAAGAAAGGAAACGAUUAGAAAAUGAAGAAAAGAAGAGAGAAAGAAGUGAAAGUAAGGAAAAAGAUAAACAAGUUAAGGAAGAAAAAAAGAGAGAAAAAGCUGAACGGAAGGCGAAAAAGAAGGCCGAAAAGGCAGAGAGAAGUGGCAGCACUGAUAGAGAAAGUGCAAAAGCCGCAAGAAAACAGGAACGUGCAAGAGAAAAGGAAAGAAAGCGAUUAGAAAAUGAAGAAAGGAAGAAAGAAAGAAGUGAAAGUAAAGAAAAAGUGAAGGCUGAAAGAAAAGCGAAAAAGAUGGCAAGAAAGAGAGAUAGGACUGAAAGUAAAGAAAGGGAGAGAUUAGCGAAGGAAGAAAAGAAAAAAGAAAAGGCUGAGAAGAAAGCCCAAAAGAGGAUUCAAAGGGAACAUAAAAGAGAGCAAAAACGAUUGUUCAGAGAGCACAAAGCCCGAGAACGCGCAAGAGAACAGAGAAGAAGGUUGAGAGAAAAGCAACACAGAAAGCGGCGUGGAUCAAAUUUGUCGGUACAGAAAGAACCUGGUCCUUCAAAAUGGCGGUUAAUAAGAGGAAAUUAUGACGAUAACAGUGACUAUGAAAGUAGUUUCGAGUCGUUAACUGAUUUAACUAGAGCACCAUUUGUCAGUAAAUCGAAGAGUGUCUUUGGAAGAAAAAUUAAUUGGAUUGGUCGUAAUACAGGUUAACUUAAAAUUGUCAAAAUGUUUUGAUUCGUCGAGAACACAGUAAAUUUGUAUAUAUAUUUGUUGAAUUUGUACUAUUUGAUGAUUGUCCCCAAUUUUGACGUUAAUGAUAGUUUCUUAUAUGACUAAAAUAAACUUUAGAUUUGCAAAUUAAA